UCGCCUUAUUCACCUCUUCAGCCAGUGCUGCGCCAGAAGAAGGCACAAAAUUUAAGAAACUUUCAUUCCAAAGAAAAACACUUUCACCUCCAAAAUUCUGCAGUGUGCGGUGUCUAAAAAUUACAAAUAGUCAACGUAUAGUUAAUAAGAACUUCAGACUAAUAUAGUUUUACGAUAGGUCUAAAAUAUCAAGCAUAUAUUUCAAAAUAAUUAGUGAUAGUUUCAAGUUUAAACGAAUUGUGUACUUUGUGACAUUCCUGAAUUUUUAAAGAAGAUAGAACUUGCUGAAUCACCUACUUGUGACGAUGGGGGGUAUUAACGAAGAUGAUUUCGAAUUGCAAAUGCUACGACAAGCAGCGCUUAAUUCACUUAAGCGCAACAGGGCCAAUAUGAUGGCUUCCGCCAGUAGAAAGCAACCACCAAACCUUCAACAUCGUCCCCUGCCUCACAAUAGGAAUCUUAUUGAAAUACAGACACGGAGCGACCUUCUCGCAGACAUUGAUUCUGGGCUUAUGGAAGAAAUUGUUGUUGCCGAAGGUAUCGACAUGGACGACUCAGACUGUGAUGAGGUUAUCGAAGAAGUCAUAAUGUCCGAAGAAGACUCCUCCUCCUCUUUAGGCACCUCACCUACGACCGGUCAACGUGCCUCGCUUUCUCCUUCUCCUGUGAAGCAGGAAGUUCAAGAACAAGAACUUCCUGACUACAGUUCCUCAGACGAUGACGCCCUAUCCGUCGCAUCCAGAUAUUCACUGUAUGAAGACGACUUGGGAGAGAAUGAUGCCACACAACGGUUGCCAACAUUAAAAGUGAGACUACCUCAAAAAGUUACUACCACCAUCGAAAAUGAAGGUGCGGCCAAUAGACGUCGAUCCAGGAGCAGAGAGAGAGAUCUCCGACCUAAUCAUACGAGAGCUUCUUCACGAUCUCGCUCCCCCCUCCCACCACGCAGAAGACCGCGUAUGAUGAGGAGCAGGUCAAGGUCUCCAAUGAUGAGGAGACGACCCACCACGCGAAAGUCACGUUCCAGGGACAGAGGAGGAGAUUUCCGAGGUGGUCGAAGAUCAAGCUCGAGAGAACGAGAUCUUCCAUCGUCUAGGAUGACAGAUAGUUCUUUAAGAGACAGACCAUUGAAGCGUGUUAAAGAUGACCUACCGCCUCGCCGACCUUUACGAUCACCACCCUCGGGCUCGGGUAGAAGAGAAAGAGAUAGCCAUACCAAUUCAUCUUCAUCUCGGCGUCUAAGAAGUCGGAGUAGGAGCUUAUCCCGAGAAAAACGAAGCACCCAUCACCAUGAUACCAAUCGUGGCGGUGCAGCAAGUACUACCUCGCGAGGUGAUAAGGAGCAUGUCCCGAAAAAGUCUGUGGCUAAUAAGAAAUCGUCCUCAGAGUUGGUAGAUGCGAGGACGACGAAAUCCUCCAGUUCCCCUGAACCUCUACUCUCUCUUUCCGCCGUGGAUCAGGAAGUGUUGGAGAAGCGAAGGCGCAAGUUCCAAGAGAAGCAACCUCUGAACGUUGAAGGGAGUCAGGGAAAGAAGAUUCGACUCCAGCAGUCAUCCAGCAACAAGAGAAAUGAUGAUCGGAAACAACCCCCUCGUCCAAGUCCACCCAACAACAAUAACCGUUCAACCACGUCGAGCAGCAGUAAAGUACAAAUAACGAUUCCCAAAUCCCAAGAAGACCAAAGUAGGACUACAUUAUCAUCAUCAUCCACGAUAAUAACAGAAGUCAACCAAAGACCCUCUCGCCACAAGGAUCAUGACCCCGGUAGUCCUACAAACAUCAAGGUGGAUGUGGAACCAGACUCGGAACCUGAACAGGAGGAUUUGAGAGCAAAACUAAUCAAGAAAAAGAUGAAAGCCCAACAACAUGGUCAGCAUUUGGCCCCGAGUCGAAUCUUUUCGGAAGCAUUGAAAGGCACUAGGCUCACAUCUUCUUCGAAAAGCACGACGACCAGUACCACCAAGUCUACCCUCCCUAGCAGCAGCAGCAGCAGCAGUAACAGUAGAAGCAAUAGUAGUAACAGUAAAACAAAACCGACUCAUAAACGUAAAGUUAGCUUAACAUAUGCGUAAUUUAGCCACGUAGUGUAAGUAUUUUUCAUUACCAUUGUUUCUCCUCUUGUACUGCCCAAAAUUUUUGUCAGAGACAGGUGGCAUUUAUUAAUAUAAGUUUAUGACGUACAUCACACCUGUACCAAAACUUUGUUGUCGUAAUUAAUACUAAUAUAAUUAUAAUUAAACCCCUUCUUAUUUAUCAUGUAUACAACUUAGAUUUCUUGUAAAUGUUAAACAUCAAUGCGAACACUAAAAAGUAUUGUAUUGUAGUGUAUUUUGUGUCUGUAUGUUUUGUGAAAUAAUGACUACAAAGAAUCAGAUCUCGCUCUACGUGGAGACGAUCUAAAAUAAAUUAACGACUUUAUAUGCCAUGAAUCCCUGCCACAUAGCAAUCCAAAGUUGUACCAAAGAUUGCUGCUACUACUUUUUUUAGUGGUAGGGAUCCAUUGCACUAAUUUCGCAUUAUCCGAAA